GCCAGGAACCGCGAACACCCAACAUUUGAACAAUUCCUUCAUCAACAACCCAACAACCAGGACACGGACAAUGGCCGCCGCCGCCCCCGCCACGACAGAGCUCCUGCACGCCUACCGGCGCCUCCUCCGGGCGGGCCUGAGGGCGGUGCAGUUCUCUCAGCCGUCGCGGUCGACGCUCACGGCGAAGCUGCGCGAGGGGUUCCGCGACCCGCGGGGCACGUUCGACGCCGAGCGGGUGCGGCGGACCGUCUGGUUCCUCAAUGCCGCCGCCCAGCAGCGCGGGCUCGAGCACCGCAUCCUCAAGAACCUGUGCCGCGUGCACUGGGAGCGGGCGCGCGAGGCGAGCAGGACGGCGUGGCGGAUGCGGGUGCGGCAUGACGAGGCGGAAAAGAACAGGAAAGAGGCCAAGAAGAAGGACCCCGAUGUCAUCAAGGGGACAGAGUAUGAGCAUUUUGAGCGGACCAUUGCUAUGCUCAAUGAUACGAUGGGGUUAUGUUUGCGGUGAACUCCCCAUCCCUGGUGUGUGGGCAUGCAUACCCAGAAAGAGGUCACCGGGGUUU